AUGGAGGCGUCCACAAACGGCUCCAGUUUUGGGAUUGACUCUUUGCUGUCUCACAGACCUGGAAGUCCGAUUAUUUCGAAAGGGGACAGUUUGCUGGGCGAAUGCAGGUCUCCACUGGAGUUAAGCCCCAGUUCUGACCUGGAGAGUGGCUGCUCCACUCCUCCAUCACCGCGGCGGGAGUGCGGCGAAGAGUUAGUGCAGAGACAAGGUCACGCUCUUGGACUCGAGUCCCACCUACAACAUGGACAGAUUUCCGCAGGUUCCCAGCCGCGCACGGUCACUUCGUCUUUCCUCAUCAGGGACAUUUUAGCGGACUGCAAGCCUCUUGCCGCCUGCGCCCCAUAUUCCAACAAUGGGCAGCCCACACAAGAGGCAGGGCGGCUCGUGUCCAAAAUUGACGACUUCAUAGACAAAAUCCACAGCAACUCGUCCUCGGACAGCGAAUAUAAAGUGAAAGAGGAGGGUGACAGGGAAAUAUCGAGCAGCAGAGACAGCCCGCCGGUUAGGCUCAAGAAGCCCAGGAAAGCACGGACUGCCUUCACCGAUCACCAGUUGGCCCAGCUUGAGCGAAGCUUCGAGCGGCAGAAGUAUCUGAGCGUUCAGGACAGGAUGGAGCUGGCCGCGUCGCUCAACCUCACAGAUACCCAGGUCAAAACGUGGUACCAGAACAGAAGGACGAAGUGGAAGAGGCAGACUGCGGUUGGACUCGAACUGUUGGCAGAGGCCGGGAAUUAUUCUGCCCUCCAGAGAAUGUUUCCCUCUCCCUACUUCUACCCACAAAGUUUAGUGUCGAACCUAGACCCUGGGGCAGCCUUGUAUUUGUACAGGGGACCCUCCGCUCCUCCACCGCCUCUACAGCGGCCUCUUGUUCCAAGGAUUCUUCUACACGGUCUGCAGGGAGGCAACGAGCCGCCCCCACCUCUCCACUCCCUCUCCGGAGUGCUCCCGCGAGCUACGCAACAACGGUGA